AAUCCCCAAGAUGUCUAAAAGGAGCAAAGGUCGUCAAAAGAUUCAAAUGAAAAGAAUGGAGAAAGAAAGUAACUUAUUGGUUACUUUCUCCAAACGUCGUUCCGGCCUUUUCAAAAAAGCUAGUGAGCUUAGCAUCUUGUGCGGGGUAGAAAUUGCUAUCGUCGUUUUCUCCCCUGGUAAGAAGGUGUUUUCGUUUGGUCAUCCAUCCGUAGAAAUGAUUGUUGAGCGCUUCUUUGCACAAAAUCCUCCACCAAAUUCAAGCACCUCUCAACUCGUGGAGGCACAUCGUAAUGCCAAUAUCCACGAACUCAACAGACAACUCACAUAUGUGAGUAGUCAAGUGGAGGUUGAGAAGAACAAAGGUGAGCAACUUAGUAAUAUAAGGCAAGUAGGACAAGAUAAUCAUUGGUGGGAAGCUCCCAUUGAAAGCCUGCAAUUAGAGGAACUCGAGCAGUUGAAGCUUGCAAUGGGGAUGCUCAAAAAGAACAUUGAAGAGCAAAAGAAGAGGCAUAUGGCAGAACCGGCUAACUCAAUGCCGAUUGUUCCCAUAUCAAGCUCUGUGGGAUCUGGAAUUGGCUUGUCCAUGACUCCUCAUGGUUUUGUGCUGGGAUAUGACCAUUUCAAUCGUUGAAUCAGACUUCUAUAUCAGGACAAUGAUUUGGAGGAAUUUUAAGCGAAUGGAUGCUGGUGUGCUUGCAAGGGAGCAGUUCUUCAAUAUGUUUUAAGUUAUAUGUGUU